AUGACCUUACAGGAUCUCUUCUAUGUCCUGCUGGAUUGGACUGGAACGACUUCCAGACUAAAGAGAACCUACGAAGCGGCGAGAUGCUGGUCUGUGGGGAUCAAUGGCCCAUUUUUUUGUACGCCCACCACAUUUAUGACCCUGAAGACCCUGUGGUGCGGGCUUCUUCGGAGCCGCUUACUAGUCUAUGCCUACAAGCAUGUGGUCACAUCUCCAAGUUCAGUUGAAAGGGAACCAAAGGCCACGCGAUCCGGAAACGCGCGGCUCCAUGGCAUGAACUCCGUCACAAUCGCCUCCCUAGCGUAUAUCGCAACCCAGGUGCGAUUUUCCCUGAGCUCAUCCUUGGUGUUCUCUCAUACCGACACAACUACAGACUCGGAGACAUUCUAUCAUAGCCUCCUCGACCUAUUAGAAGACCCUGAAGAAUACAAGGAAAUUGACGAGCUACUGACCUGGUGGAAUCGGUAUUUUUUUUCGCUCUUCGCCAUGCCACUAAGGCUGAUCAUUGUCACUCACUCAGCCAAGUUUUCCCCACUUCCUCUGCGGCCAAGAGACCCAUUAGUGCCAACAGCGCGCUAUUCAAAAUCCGACAAAAAUGUUUAG